AUGAACAAUCUUCAAGAAAAAAUAAGUAUUAAACCACUUAUUCGUGCUCGGAAUUUUCUUGCUGAUAUUGUUCAAGAUGCUCAAAGUAAUUACGAAAAGGCAGGAGUUGUCAAAGCUUUUGAAGUUUGUUUCGAAUUAAUUCAUCCUGUUUUGAGAAAGGUAUUAAAAUUGCGAGGUAUUAUAGUUUCAGCCGCCGUUAAGGAAGUUUUUAGAACAGCAGAUAAAAGAGAUGAUACUGCUCAUUCUUAUGAUGGUCGGAUAGCUACUGAUGUAAUUGAUAUCUUACCCAAUUUUAUUCAUGAACUAGACCUUAAGAUCGUGAUGCAAAUAGAGAAAAAACAUUUAGAAAUAAUUCUACAAAUACUUCGCAAAUAUCCUUAUUCUUUUUAUGCUUAUGGCUCUCGAGCAAAGGGAACCGCUCACCAAUUUUCUGACUUAGACUUGUGUUAUCAAGAAAAUAUUCCUAUUUCGAUUACUAGAAAAAUCAAGGAGGAAUUUCAGGAAUCAAAUCUUCCUUUUCGUGUAGAGAUAGUUAACUGA